AUGUCCUCGGCAAGACCUGACUUCGAAUCCCUCCCCUUGGGCAAGAACGAUCCCCCAUUUUCGGCUUGGGGUCUCUAUGGCCCAGACGACGAAUUGGGCACAUUGAAUCUGCUGGACGACAAGACUGUACUGGAGGCAACAAGAGAAGCCCGCACCGGCAAAAGAAUCGGGCUUGACCUACCUCUGGACUUCUCGGCUCGUCCGUCACAUGAUAGAGAGCCGUUGAAGCAUACCGUGCAGCGCAAGUAUCCACGGCUCGUGCACGACGAUGUCCUCCACUUCAACACUCAAGUCGGGACGCAAUGGGAUGGGUUUCGCCAUUACGGGUACCAAGCACAGAAGGUAUUUUAUAACAAUGUCAAGUUGGAAGAGAUUUCUGGUCCAGGUCACCCAGAGAAGACAGGCCGAGACUCCUGGUAUCAGGGACCGCCUGUGACAGACAAACUGGGAAUCAAUAAGUGGUGUAAACAGGGGAUCGUGGGAAGAGGUGUACUGCUCGACUACUUGCGCUGGUCAGAGCAGAAUGGACGUCAUUAUGAGCUGCUGGGAGACCAUGCGAUCGACGUGGAUGAUUUGACGGCGUGCGCAAAAGCCCAAGGAGUGCAAUUCCGACAAGGAGAUAUUCUGCUCGUGAGAGUCGGGUGGAAGGUAGGGUAUUCUAGGCUAAGCGAGGACGAAAAGAUCACUUUCAGUUACGCGACUCCCACGGUGCUUGUCGGACUGGCAACCUCCAUCAAGACACUGCGUUGGCUUUGGAAACAUGGAUUCAGUGCGUGUGCCUCGGACGCUCCGGGGCUGGAAAGGUGGCCUGCUCUGGAGGGGGAGGGGGAGGUAGGCGGAGUAGGUAAAUUGAGGCUGCACGAAGUUCUGCUCAACGGAUGGGGACUGCCAAUCGGCGAAAUGCUGGAUCUAGAGCGUUUGGCGGAGGAAUGUGCCCGAGAGGAGAAAUGGACCUUUUUGUUCUCCAGCAUGCCUCUGAAUGUUCCUGGAGGGAUUGCCAGCCCUUGCAACGCAGUCGCUAUCCUCUAG